AAUUGUUUCCCGGUUAAUGAUUAUAGGUACGUACAUCGAAAAAUUUGGUGUACCUACGCUCUCCUUCUACGAGGGAAUAGUGUUGAAGAGCAAAGCGCAUCGGUGUUGAAAUAAACGACAUCAACAAAUCGAAGACUCAGCAGUAAAAACGGUGCCCAGAAAUUAAAAACGCAAAACUUAUGGUCGAAUCGUAGCAACCUAGAGAAAAAAGAGGAAAUGAGGAUAAGGAAAAAUUAUGAGACGCAGGAGGGGGAAAUCAAUUACCAUAAAACGUAAUUGUUGUUGUUGCUGAAACGAAUUUGAAUACGGGAUGGAAAAAUUUGGAGGAAAUCGUGAAGCGGGGAAAUUUAUAAAUGAAACAAUGAAGAGACGAGAGAAAACGCCACCUUUAUGGGACUGCAUAUCGAAAUCGCAGCUAUUUACGCUAUAAGCGUAAAUUAAGCUAAUUAUUUUCGUUCUCUUCUGCAUCCACUUCUAUGAGAGAAAUAGGUUCCAAUAAAAGAUUCGAUAAAACUGGUUUCAUCGCAAUUAUAAAUUCGACGUGCCAAAUUAAAAGAAUCACAACUGACCUUCGGACUGCCUUGUAUUUCACAGUCGAUAAAAUACGAAGGAUAUAAUUAGGCCUAAUACGAUUGAUAUUUCCGCUGGUAUGUAAAAUAUAAAUAUCUUUGGAGGUCAAACGACAAGGAUCAACAAACUUUUUACUUGAAACUUGUAUAUCACGGUACCAAGUUAAUCUCAUGAUUUAUUGUCAUAACUUCGCAGUUAUUUAAUCUAAUCUACAUUUUCAGGACUUCCCCCCAUUCCUACCUGCACACGAUGCAAACGAAAUUCGGGGAAUGUACACCACAAUGCAAUUUUUCGUUCGAAUCAAUGAAUAUUUAACUAUAUGUAAUUAGUCGGAAUCGUUUAUUAUAUUACAUCUGAAAAUUAGUACAUCCAAAUUACGAAAGAGAUUUUAUAAGAUGUAAUUACGAGCGCACUAAAUAAGUUUAAAAAAAAAAACCAAAAAAACAAAUCAUUAGCGCGAAAGACGGUACAGUUCUAUACGCUAACCCGCCUGCGCCCAUAAAAUUCUAUUACGUUAUAAAAAUAAUAUUAAUAAUAAUAGACACCAAGUCAAUUUACCACUAUAAUUAAUUCGCGAGACGUCGUAUGUCAAUACAAAUCCGACACCGACGAGAAGUCGUUUGAUGGCUCGCAGAUUAAUACAAAGUGAGCCGCGGAUUUGAAUUAUACCUAUAUGUGAUCUCCCGAGUGAACGACAUAGGAGUGUUAGAUAUUUAAGUGAGUCAGAAGAACGUGCUUGGUUAUUGACUUGAAUAGAUUUAAGGUCGUAUUAUUAAAAUUCAAAUAUAAAUAUGCUGGGAAAUAAAUAAAAAGCGUCAAAUAACAUGUCGCCGAGCAGGGCUAGGUACGUUGAUGACGCUUAAUAUUAUUAUGAAACAAAUUUUAGUUCCCACGAAUAACAACAAGCGUCUUUCGCAGUUGAUUUUUGGUGGCUGCAGCCAAUGCUCGACCAGUAUUUGAUGUAUGUAAUAUAUUUAUCUAUGAAUGUAAAUAUCUGUACGUGCGAGAAUUAAGGAGCGGGAAUUAGUUAAUUCACCGAAGCUGAAGAGCACGUUGAAAGAUGCCGUCAGGGCGAUAAGGAGAGCGCUCAUGGUUUUGAAUAAUUGGCACCGAAAACGAGGGGAAAAAAAGAAAGGAAAAAAAUGGUUAUACGGUUGUUUGCCUCUUAUUCAAGUUUCUUUCCACUUACGUUUCUUCCUUCUAUCCGGUCAAAACGAAUGAACUUGAUCGAGGAACUACGCACAGCGCGGUAUAAAAAGAACGCGCGUUUUAAGAUCGCAACAUUGUUGAUCGUGCAGCAGUGAUCGAAAGACCGCUUUGCGGAAGAAAUUAUUAAGAUAUUUUUUAGUAAGAAAUUAUUCAUCAUCUCAUGAGAUAAUGAAGUUCAUUUUGAUACAAUUUAUCGCAAUCGCUGCCGCGCUUGUUUCCGUCGAUGCAAUAAUACCCAGUUACAUACGGACCUGUAGUCGGAACGAUAAGCACAUGUCAGCAUGCGUGAAAAGCAGUGUCGAAAAUUUGAGGCCAAUACUAAUCACGGGAAUUCCUGAACUUGAUGUCCCUCCGAUUGACCCCCUCCAUUUGGAUGAGUUGGAACUGAACUUGGGACGCGGGAUCAACGCGAAGGGCGUCAACUUGAAAUUGAAAGGAGGAAAGAAUUUCCGCAUAGAAGAUGUGCAAGUUGACGUCAAGGCCGACACCUACUCCUUCGUUGUCAGUAUACCGGAGAUAAUCGCCGAAGGCAAUUAUACCAUCGAUGCCACGAUAGCCUCCAUCCCCCUCAAAGGACAUGGGCCUUUGCUUUUGGUUGCCAAAUCCAUUGUCGGGCGAGGACAGCUUCACGGUAAAAAGGCGUUUAAAGGUGGUCAAACGUUGUACUGGUUUCCGGAGAUGAGCCUCGAGGUGAAGAUUGCGGAUUACGAUAUAAAACUCAUGGAUUUGUUCAAGGGUAAUAAGGCACUCGGAGAGGUAACGAACAAUCUUUUGAACGAGGAAAAGCCAGAGGUGAUUUUGAGCAUCGCUCCGGCGAUUGAAAAGGCGCUGAUCAACCGGAUCUUGCCUACCGCCAACAAGAUAUGCACAAUUGCCACCUUCGAUGAGUUGUUCCCUGAAUAAAAAAAAUUAGAUUUGUACACUGUGCGUUGUGAAAAGUCGCGGAGAAGGACGAUUAUUGUUAAUACUGGACGUUCUAGUUUACACUGUUAUCUAAUUAUCGUUACAAAUCGUAGGCGUAUAUUGGAACGUGGCGAGAUUUUAUGUGUAUAAAUAACUAUAUGUUUUGUAAGAAAAUAAAACGUCGAUUUUUUUUACACUGGCA